AUGUCGAGUGAUGAACUUCGAACAGUUACCAAAAUGGUCUUUUUCGACAUCACCAUUGGUGGUCAUGCAGCUGGGCGUGUUGAAAUUGGCUUAUUUGGUAAAGCAGUACCCAAAACAGUGAGAAACUUCUAUGAAUUGGCAACGCAUGAGAAAGGUUUUGGAUAUAAAGGAAGUAAAUUUCACAGAGUCAUUAAAGAUUUCAUGAUCCAAGGCGGAGAUUUUACCCGUGGUGACGGAACUGGAGGUAAGAGCAUUUAUGGUGAGAGAUUCCCCGAUGAAAACUUCAAACUCAAACAUGAAAGCCCUGGUUACCUUAGUAUGGCGAACGCUGGCCCGGAUACAAAUGGGUCGCAGUUUUUUAUCACAACGGUAAAAACACCAUGGCUCGAUGGCAAGCAUACAGUUUUUGGAAAAGUAUUGAAUGGCAUGGACGUAAUUAAAAAGGUUGAAAUUUUGGAAACAAAUCAAAGAGAUGUACCCAGAAAAGAAGUGGUAAUUGCCAAUUCCGGUAGCAUUCAACUUGACAAGCCCUUUAUAGCAGAAAAGGUUUAA